AUGCAUACUCACGAUACCAGAGCUGCUAACAAUAUUAGAAUUACACUCCCAAAAGCGAAAUUCAACAGUCAAGAGAGAAUUAUUAACGCAACUUAUCUUAUCUUCAAUGAAUUAGCGUCUGACAUAAAAAGCAUUAAAGAAAAAAACAAUGAGAGACAAGAAUUUUCAACAACUUGUUAUAACGUUUCUGUUUUUAUAGUUCGUGUAUCUCAAUUAAUAUUAGAUAUUUAUAGGUGUGAAACAAAAUGUUGGAACAUUACGUCAUUCCUUAAACGUGAUCAAGAGAUUCUAAUUGAAUUGACAAGUCACAAAAUUGAUAUAUGCGCACUGUCAGAGACCAAAAAGAAGGGUAAAGGUAGCACGAAAUAUAACAACUUUGUUCUCGUAUACAGUGGCAAAGAUAAAACAGAAAGGGCAUCAUCAGGAGUUGGUCUACUCAUUCAUGAAAAAUUUGAAAAAAGCAUUAGCCAUAUCGAAUACACGAAUGAUCGUAUUCUACUAGUUACCCUAAACUUGCAACAGCACAUUAAAACCCACAUUAUCAGCAUUUACGCACCAGACAUAUCCAAAACAAAAACUGAAAAGGAUGCUUUUUACACUGAACUGCAGAAAGUAAUAGAUAAAAUACCACCCAGAGAUGAGAUAAUACUCCUUGGCGAUUUCAACGCGCGAGUAGGGAAUGAUGCAGUUCGUGGAAUUAAGCAGAGGUUUAACGAAAGCGAAAUGAAUGAUAAUGGUGAGAGACUGACUCAGUUCUGCGCUCAAAAUGAAUUAAGAAUUAACAACACAUUCUUUGAUCACAAACUCCAACACAAAUACACAUUUGUAGAUUCAAGAGGACGAAAAUCAAUAAUUGAUUACAUCAUUACCAACAUCAAUGUUCACCCGGCCAAAAUAAUGGACGUAAGAGUCUUAUCAUCAGCAAAUGUGGGAACUGAUCUUAAUCUUGUUUUAAUGAAGCUCAACUCUAAAUUGCCAACCGGAGUAAAUCAAACCAGUCAAAUCGUUGAAAAGAUCAACUCAAAGAUACAAACAAACAAAAUUGAAGAAGAAGAUGAUGUAAACAAUGCCUGGAAUAAAUUAAAAACAAAUAUACUCGAAGCAGCGACCGAAUCGAUUGGUAAACGUACCGUUAAUAUUAACAACAAAAAACGAAACUUAAAACCAUGGUUUUGCGAAGAGGUAAAGGUGCUUGCAUCUGAAAAACGUGAGGCUUAUUUAAGAUUUAAACGCCAACAAGUAUCAUAUAACGAGUAUAAGGUAGUGAGAAACAGAAUAAAUAUUGCAAUAGACAACAUAAAAAAGAACUACUGGGAAAACUUCUCAAACGAGAUGGAGCACGACCUAUACGGUGCCCCGAAAAAGGUUUGGAACAUGCUGAGGAAUCGUAAGAAACCAAUUAACGAGUACCUGACAUUCUCCAAUAUACAAAUCGAGGCAUGGGAGGAAUAUUUUUGUGACUUAUAUAACAGUGUGGCCUUACCAGAUGAUUACAGAAAUAAUAACCAAUCAUAUGCAGGCGGAAGAGCAUAUUAUUUAUCCUGCGACAUUGUUAAGGCGAACAUAAGCAAGCUAAAAAAUAGAAAAUCUCCCAGAAUUGAUGAAAUUUCGAACGCAAUGAUAAAGUAUGGCGGAGAGCAGUUUCAAAAUGAAAUAGUUCACCUAUUCAACAAAAUUCUGACAUAUAAGCAGGCCCCCAGAGAGUGGAAAAACAGCAUAACUGUUCCCAUUUUUAAAAAAGGAGACAAGAACUUGCCAGAAAAUUAUAGAGGGAUAACUCUUCUAAGUUCCAUGCUGAAACUCUUUACAGAAAUUGUGUCAAUAGAAGUUGCCGGCACGGGUAUUGCAGAAGAACAGCAAGGCUUCCGUACCAAUAGAUCUACCACUGAUGCAAUAUUUAUUCUGAGACAAAUUACAGAGAAUUCAACUCACCAGCUUAUCUUUGUUUUGUUGAUCUGA